GAAACAUUUAGCGAGAAAAAGAUUUCGCCAAAGUGAACCAAUAGCCAGCAUAGCAAAAACUUGUUAAACUUAUUGUUUAUAGGUCUACUUUAUAAAUAGAAAUUAUUUUUGCAAGUAUCAUGCUUUUGUCGCAAAAUAGAGUGAAUAGUAUCGUCAUCAAACUGAACUCUUAAAAUAUAUGAAAUUAAACUAUUCAGAAUUUAUAAGAGAAAUUUAAAAAAAAAAAAUUAUUUAAAGAAAUAGAACCAGAGAAAUACGAAGACAAAAAAUAGAAGAAGUGUUAUUGUAGAAAAUAUUCCCCACUUGGCUAAAAUAAUGUGAUCUGUAAUGGAGCGGCAUAAAAAGAGACAUCAUUAUGAUGAAAAAAAAUCAUCUAAAUACCAUAAAAUUACUUCUGAAGCUCAUGUCCAUGAAGAUGAACAUGAAAAUAUCAGAAAGAAACAAAUUAUAAAUCAGGAUACUUAUAAAGGACGUGAUGUGUAUGAUGGUAAAGAAGAUGAGAAAUCAAAGCCUUCCUUCUGCAAUCGAGUAUAUUUAAAUAAAACUGAUCCAGAUUUUCCUUGGACUGAAUAUCGCUCUACUCUAAAUAAAAUAUUUUUCUAUGAUAAAGGAAAAAUUAAAAGAAAUACUCCCGAAUAUGAUGAAUUUUGGAUCUUUCUCAAAAAAUACCAACAGGUUCAACAAAAAGCUGCUGCUAAAAAGUCACGAGAUGCUGGUCCAUCUACAAGUUCAAAAAUUGAUUUUUCACUGGAUUCAGAUGAAUUAGAAAAUAUGAUGAUUCGUGGACAUCUUUUUCGGGAUGAUGAUGCAUCAGCAUUAAGUCGUGAACAUUUACUAGAAUUUGCUUAUAUUAUCCAGUUGUAUUUAAAUUGUUUAAAGAAACAACAGGAAAUUAAAUUAAAGAAACUCCGCGAAUCUCAAGAAAAUCUGCCUAUAAGUAAAUAUCGAAAUGAAAUUUUGCGAGCAGUGGAGAGCCACCAGGUUGUUUUAGUUGCUGGUGAUACUGGCUGUGGAAAAUCAACACAAGUUCCACAAUAUUUACUUGCUGCUGGGUAUGAUAGUAUUGCUUGUACUCAACCUCGUAGAAUUGCUUGUAUAUCCUUAUGCAAAAGAGUAGCAUAUGAGACUCAGAAUGAAUAUGGAUCUGAAAUUGGUUAUCAAAUACGUUUUGAAAAAAGUAAAACUUCACAUACAAAAAUUUUGUUUCUGACUGAAGGUUUGUUGUUGAGGCAGGUUUCUUCAGAUCCUAUGCUUUCCAUGUAUAAAGUUGUAAUAUUGGAUGAAGUUCAUGAGAGACAUUUAUCAUGUGACUUUUUAUUAGGAAUAAUGAAGUGUUUAACAAUUCAAAGACCAGAUCUGAAGAUAUUAUUAAUGUCAGCAACCAUUAACAUAGAAUUGUUUGCUGAAUAUUUUAAUAACUGCCCUGUCAUUCAAGUUCCUGGCCGAUUGUUCCCCAUUCAAGUUAAAUAUUGUCCUGUACCAAGUGAAGAAAGGAAAACAUUGACCGGUAAAUUAAAUCCUGCCCCUUAUAUAAGAGUAUUGAACUUAAUUGAUCAGAAAUAUCCAAAAGAUGAAAGAGGAGAUGUUUUGAUUUUUUUGAGUGGAAUGACUGAAAUAUCUAUUGUGGAGGAAGCAGCUAGAGCCUAUGGAGACAAAAGCAAUAAAUGGAUCAUUCUGCCAUUACAUAGUACAUUGUCUAUAGAAGAUCAGGAUAAGGUUUUUGAUAUUGCUCCUGAAGGUGUUCGCAAGUGCAUCAUUUCCACCAAUGUUGCUGAAACUUCUGUUACUAUAGAUGGUGUCAGAUUUGUAGUUGAUUCCGGUAAAGUUAAAGAAAUGAGUUAUCAUCCAAUUUGCCAUAUGCAACGAUUACAGGAAUUUUGGGUUAGCAAGGCAAGUGCAGAACAAAGGAAAGGUCGUGCUGGAAGAACUGGGCCUGGUGUGUGCUUUCGAUUAUAUUCCCAACAGGAAUAUGACAACUUAGAAGCUUAUACAAAGCCAGAAAUACAAAGAGUUCCUCUUGAUUCUCUGUUACUUCAGCUAUUGUCAAUGGGAUUACCAAAUGCUAGAAAAUUCCCUUUUCUAGAACCUCCUGAGGCUUCAAGUAUAGAAGAAUCUCUACAAAAUCUGAAAAGCCAGGGUGCACUAACUGAAGAUGAAGAGCUUACACCAAUGGGGCAAAUGCUUUCUAAAUUACCAGUUGAUGUAACAAUUGGAAAAAUGUUGAUACAUGGCUGUGUGUUUUCUGUCAUUGAACCUAUAUUAUCAUUGGCAGCUGCAUUGAGUGUUCAAUCUCCUUUUACUAAUCGAUCAAUGAGAGAUCCUGAAAUGAGAGAUGCAAGGCAAUCCCUUGAAAGUGAUCACGGAGAUCCCUUUACAUUACUUACUACAUAUCAUAAAUGGCUAGAAGUGAAAGCAGAACGUCAAAAUUCCCGGAAAUGGUGUAAACGGAGAGGUUUAGAAGAACAAAGAUUUUAUGAAAUGACAAAACUUAGAAGACAAUUUAAAGAACUACUAAAAGAUAGUAGUUUGUUACCUGAAGAUUAUGUACACACUAGUAGUCAUCAACGUUCUAGUCGACAUGGGGAACUUUCUCAAUUGAGGGAUAUGAAAAGAAAGUUCCAUCAAGCUCCUCAUAAACGUAAAGUGUUGAAGCUAGAUUCUGAACAUUUUCAUAAUGAAAAUGAUGAUAGUGAUGAUGGUAGAAUUGACAUUCAUGAUAUUGACUUCUGGUUAUCAAACAAUAGUUGGCAGGUUCAGUUACUAUCAUCUAAAAGUCAAGUUUCAUCUUAUCGUGAUAUGAUAUGCUUGAAGUUUAUUGUAUGCAGUGCCUUAUAUCCUCGCAUUGCUAUAGCAGAUAUCCAUAACUCUUAUAAAUCUUCAAGUGAUCAACAUUUUCAUACUAAAGGAAAACCAUUUGUUGUGUUGCAUCCAAAUGGAACGCUUGCUCUUCAACCAGAAUUUCUUCAACUGAAAGAAACUGAUAUAGUUGAGUUAAAAAAUGUUCGAACAGUUACUCCUUUGAGUAAAAAACAUCAAAUUGUGUGUUUCUUAUCUUUGUUAGAGACAACAAAGCCUUUCUUAGUAAAUUGUCUUAGAGUUCCAGCUGCUCAUAUAUUAUUGCUUUGCUCACAUUCUUUAGAUACCAAUCAAGAUUUCACAAAAAUUGUAUGUGAUGGUUGGAUUGAAUUAAGAUUCCCAGAAUCUGAAGCCAUUCAAGAUUUUGUGUACCAAGCCUUCAAUAUUCGCGAUUCUUGGCAAAAAUUACUCCAAAAAGCAUUUGAAGAAUUUACAAUGGAUAAAGAAGCUAGAAAUGAAGAAGUACGAAAAAUGGGCAAAAGAAUUUAUGAAUUAAUUUCCCAGUUUUUCCACACUGAAAUAGUACAUUCUGUUCGAAGACUUUUAGCAGCAGAUGUUAAAAAUUUAUAUGCAGGUCCUCAAGAGGGUGAUGUUCCUGUUGCUGUAGGUCUUCUAGAUGAAGCUCAAACAGCCCAGGAGAAUAAAGUAAAAGGAGGACUGCAGAUAAAACCUUAUCUGACAUAUAAUUGUCUUGUAGACCUUGAAGAUAAAUAUUUGCAGUACGUUCAAAAGCACUGGACUUGCCCUUCAUGUGGGAAAGAGAUGGUAGCUACUGUUUUAGACCAGAUACGACACAAAGAGACAUGUGAAGCUCAAAAUGAAAAAAUCACUGAUACAUCUGAAGAGCUGAAUAAAGGUCCACCAAAAAAGCCUUAUUUCUGUCCAUCUUGUCAAGAAGAACUUCAACUAACUCUCCCAGAAAUAUUAAGGCACAAAAGAAGUCAUACAUCAUCAUCCUGAUAUUUGUUUCUAUAUAUUGUAUAGUAUUUGUAAAUAUGUUUGUCAUAUAAAUAAAAUAAUUGAUGAUUUUUUUAAAAAUUAUCUUUUACA